AUGCUCUCACGUGUUGCUGCAGUGAAAGCACCCCGCACACACAACCGUCGCGGCGUGACCGGAUCCAGCGGAGGGAGGAGGGAAGGAAGAGAGAGUGAGCGGCAGAGACCCAACAUGUCCCGGCAUCUCUUCUACUCUGCGGUGGCCCUUCUCAUUGUUGUGAUGAUGUGCUGCAACGCUGGUGGUGCUGCUGAAGCUGCUGGGCAGUCUCCUGAACCAAAGUUUGAAUGGAAGGACGUCAAGGAUGAGGAGGGUGUUACUGUGGAGUCGUUGGGUGCUCCCGGCCUUUUAAAAGCGGGGAGUGACGUAUUUGCCGUUGUCGAGGCGCAGUGCAAGGAUGGCGGUGAAAAAGUAUUUACUGGAAUUGCCUCGGAGCUCCUGACAUUGAGUGAUGAAGAAUCAAAAGAAUUGGUUACAAAUGCAGUAAAGACACAAGUACUGGAGGAAUGUGCAUUUGAUGAGAAAAGCGCCUGCCAUAUAGCGGGUCAGGAUGAUUCCAAAACCCAGACGAGAGUACUUUUGAGCCGACCAACAACAGUUGUUAAGGGAAGUGAUAUUUACAUGCUUGCUGGGAAUUACAGUUGGACACUUGCCGCUGGUGUUCAGGGAGCUGAUGGAGGUUACUGGGGACUCGUGCUGGUGAAAGGGAACGUCAGUAAAGAAGAAAGUCAAAAAAGAAUCUUUUGGAAUGAUACUUACGCUAUCCCGUGGAAUUAUAACAAACAACACAAAUCCUUGGCGCGGCUGGUUGGCAGUGGUGGAUCGGGUGUUAAGAUGGGGGACGGUACGCUUGUGUUCCCAGUGGAAGGCACGAGGAAAAAGACGACGAACCAGGUUGGCACUGAAGAGGAUGAAAAGACCGUUUCGCUGAUCAUCCACUCCUUGAAGGAUGCUAAGAGUUGGAAGCUGUCGAAGGGGAUGUCUGACGGUGGCUGCAGUGAUCCCUCCGUCGUGGAGUGGAAGGACAAAAAACUCAUGAUGAUGACUGCGUGUGAUGAUGGCCGCCGCAGGGUGUACGAGUCCGGUGACAAGGGGGAGUCGUGGACGGAGGCACUCGGGACACUCUCGCGCGUGUGGGUCAACAAACACGAAAAAGUGAAGGCCGUUAGGAGCGGGUUCAUCACAGCGAAGAUUGACAGUGAUGAAAAUAACAGAAAUGUGAUGCUCGUUACUCUGCCGGUGUAUUCCGAGGUGACUGAGAAAGGAGGCAAUGUGAAAAAGGGCGAACUCCAUCUUUGGCUGACGGACAAUACGCACAUUGUUGAUAUUGGGCCGGUAUCCGAUGAUGACGCUGCCGCCAGCUCCCUGUUGUACAAAAGUGGUAAAGGUGGAGAUAAUAAGGAUGAGUUGAUUGCACUGUACGAGAAGAAGAAGGUCGACGCGGAUAAAACAUCACACAGUCUUUGGUCUGUGCUUCUGACUGCGCAGCUGCAGCGUGUGAAGGAGGUUCUGGCGACGUGGAAGAAAGUGGACGAAACUGUCUCCAAACUGUGCCUCUCAAGUGCUGAGGAGGAUGGCUCACCUGAAAAUGCCUGCAGCCCUACUGUUAAGAUCACGGAUGGGCUGGUUGGCUUUUUGUCCGGCAACUUCUCUGGUAACACAUGGAGGGACGAGUACCUCGGGGUGAACGCCACAGUGAAGAAGAAAGAUGAUGGGGAGGCAGGGGCAACAAAGACUUCCGAUGGUGUGAAGUUCCAGGGAGCGUGGGCGGAGUGGCCUGUUGGCGCGCAGGGGGAGAAUCAGCUGUACCACUUUGCGAACUACAACUUCACUCUUGUGGCGACGGUGUCCAUUGACGGUGAGCCGCAGGAGGGUUCUCCCAUUUCUUUGAUGGGUGUGAAGUGGAUUGACGAUAAGAAUCCCGUACUUUUUGGACUGUCGUACGACAGAGAAAAGAAGUGGCAGCUGCUGUGCGGUGGCGGAACGAACACUGAGGAUCAAAGCCGCACUUUGGCGACGGAGGCAGCACACCACGUGGUAAUUUUGUUACGGAACGGCACCCAAGGCUCCGCGUACGUCAAUGGUCAGCGCGUAUUGGGAGAUGCACAAUGUGAUUUGAAAAAUACGAAAGAUAAAAAGAUCUCCCACUUCUACAUUGGAGGGGAUGGAAGUGCAAAAGCCGAUUCAGAUGUCCAAGACGUGUCUGUGACGGUGACGAACGUCCUGCUGUACAACCGUCCUUUGAAUGACAGUGAGAUUACUGCGCUUAACAAAAAACUUUCUAUUCCAAAAGCAAAAGAUGCAAAAACAAUGAAGGUUACUGCACCAGAGGCAAGUAAACAAGCUACGACGGAAGCCGGAACUCCGUCUAUUCUUGGUGGGCAACAACAGACUGAACAGGAUCCGUUGAAGAAAAGUGAAAAUGCGGGGAGUGGCGUUUUAUCCACGUCAGCGGUGUCCAUUGCUACGACUUCCCCAGCAGCCAAAGAAUCCGAAAAACAGUCAGCAUCGGGAACAUCUCCCAGUGGAAACAAAAAUGUGGAUGUUCAUUCUUCGUCCGAGGGAGUUCAAACGGUGGAUGCCGAAGCUGGAGACACGGUGCAAGGAGAUGGAACACAACAACCGUCAGUGGGCACUCCCGCCACAGCAGAUACAAAUGCCCCUACCGCUGAAACCAUGGCGCCAGAUGGAGCCGCCGUGACACCUGAGGCGGGAGGGCACACUGGUGAGAAUGGGGAGAGAGUGGGAGGGACGGAUGGUCAGAAACGGGAGGACAUCCAUGCACAGGACAAGGAAGUAAAGGCUGCGGCACUCAGCAGCAGCCUCGGAAAUGUGUCGCAGGGGAAUAACAGCGAUACCGGCACCAUGCGUGAGAGCGGAAUGCUGCCAUCGCUGUUUCUUCUGUUGGGACUGUGGGUGUUUGCGGCUCUGUGA